AGUCAGCCAUCCUCGUGGCAUGGUUCACAGCUCAGUUGCUAGUGCACCGAGUAUUUUCUCUCCCAAUUGCAACGUGGUUUUGAUCCCAUUUGGGAUUUCACAGUGUGACGGAGCCUGUGUGUAAGAGAGAGAGAAGAAUGGAGAAGUCCAGGAAAAAUUUUACUGAUUUAGUUGAUAAGGCAGUAGCUGCUGCUAACACCCUGCGUCGUGACGAACUGCUUUUUUCUUACAAGGGGAUACUCUACCCGGUUACUUUAUGUAGUCCUGAAGUAUUCAGAGCCAUGGAGUCCCUUGAAGCCAGAAGUGAUGAUGUCAUUUUGGCAGGAUACCCUAAAUCUGGCACAAACUGGGUAGGUCAAAUCUUAGGUGAUCUGGUAGCCAUAUUUGAAAAGAAAACACAGAAUGAAGAAAGCAGGGUGAAUGAUGAAGAACUAGAAGAAUUCCCCUACCUUGAAAUUGGAGAUACUGGGAAAUAUGAGCGAAUGAACAAACGAGCUUCUCGAAGAAUUAUGGUUACUCAUCUUCUUCCUGAAAAUCUUCCCAGCUCUGUCUUCAAAAAUAAAGCCAAGAUAUUGUUGCUGACGCGCAAUCCAAAAGAUUUAGCGACAUCUUUUUACCAUUUUGCCAAUGGCAUACCUACUCUUCCCUCCUAUGACACCUGGGAUGAUUUCUUCGUAGAUUUCAUGACAAAGAAAUUGCCCUGGGGGUGCUACUUUGAAUACCUUUCUAAAUGGAACAAAUAUGCGACUUGUGAAAAUGUUAUGACAAUAACUUACGAAGAGCUAAAAGAGAAUCCCGUCCUGGGUGUGAAAAACAUAGCUGCUUUCUUUGGGAUUCCCCUGACUGAGAAAGAGCUUCAGACUGUGGUAGAGAGAAGCAGCUUCCAGUCAAUGAAGAAGAACUCACAGAAGACCCAUGGGACAUUUGGCAAUCUUUUCUUUCGCAAAGGUGGUGUCGGUGACUGGAGGAAUCUUUUCAGUGAAGAUCAGAACGAGAAAAUGGACAGAGCCUUUGAAGAACGUUUAGGAGGAACUAAACUGGGAACAAAGUUAAAGUAUGACGUGUACUGUAAAGCCUGAGGAGUUCUUGAAUUUGGUUAGAGCUAGAGCUUUCCAAUGCACUCUCAGAUUUUGUGAAUGCUAUAUGCCAGAAAAUUAGUUCAAAUAAUCCAAGCACCUUAGAAUUACUGUAAUAAUCCCAUUGUAGCAGCCUUUACAGUGACAGUGAUGAAUAGUGGGCUUUUGUUUUAAAGGCGAGAUCUUUGGCUUGCUUUGGCUACACUCAUUUGCUGAAGAAGAUGGCAACUAACCAUAUUCAGAUAAACUUAACAGUCCUGUUUCUGGAGCUAUCACCUAGAAGGAAAUGCCCCUUUUCUAUUUCUAGACAAAUGUAGUCUUUCUAGACUAUUUAAAUUUAUUUAAUAUGUAGAUUUUUUUUCCAAAAGUGUUUCAAAACAAGCAAUAUCUUCACAGAAAAGAUCACUAGCAAAAAUAUGGCUCUGGCACAACCUUAACUGAUGACAAAGGAUAUCUUCCCCAUGACUUCAGCACAAACUGGGUCAAAAUUAGAGGGAGGAGAAUGAAGGGGAAUGGGGAUCAGCAUUCUUAGGGAUUUUAAUCGCUGAAUGUAAAAUUUCAAGAUGGAUUCCAGAUUAUGAGCUGGUGUUAAUAGGCAAGAUCCUCUCAGAGGCACUGCUUUUAUAGAAUAAUAGAACAGCCCAAAUUGGAAGGGACCUCAAAAGAUCAUCUGGUCCAGCUUUUCCUGGGAAAGGGUGCCUAGAUGAGAUUAUUGCAUCUUGAAAACUGUCAGUGAUGAGGACUCUUACUACAUCCCUUGGGAGGUUGUUCUAGUGAAUGGUUGUUCUCUCUGUGAAGAAUUUAUUUCUUAUAUUAAGAUGAAACCUCUCCUGCUGUGCCUUGCACCCAUUGCCUGUUGUCAUCUGCAUGUGGCUCCUUGUGAAUAGAAAUCCUCCAUCCUCUUUGUAGCUGCCCUUUAAAUGCUGGAAUACUGUGACGAGGUCCUCCCUGAGCCUUCUCAUUUUUGUGGCCCUCCUUUGGACCCCCUCCAUUCUGUCUGUGUCUUUCUUGAAUUGUGGUCACCAGAACUGGAUUCAGUACUCCAGGUGCAGCCUGAGAAGUGCUGAGUUAUAGAAUCAUAGAAUCAUUUAGGUUGGAAAAGACCAUUAAGAUCAUUGAGUUCAAUGGUUAACCUAGCACUGCCAAGUCCACCACUAAACCAUGUCCCUAAGUGCCAUGUCUACACAUCUUUUAAAUAUCUGCACAGAUGGUGACUUAACCACUUCCCUGGGCAGCCUGUUCCAGUGCUUGACAGCCCUUGUGGUGAAGAAAUUUUUCCUAAUAUCCAGUUUAAACCUCAGCUGGUGCAACUUGAGACCAUUUCCUCUUGUUCUAUUGCUUGUUAUUUGGGACUGACACCCACCUCACUGCAACCUCUUUUCAGGUAGUCGUAGUGAUCUGUAAGAUGUCAUGGUUUAACCCUAGCCGGCAACUAGGCACCAGCCAGCCACUUGCUCACUCUUUCCAGGUGGGACGAGGGAGAGAAUUGGAAGAGUAAAAGUGAGAAAACUUGUGGGUUGAGAUGAAGACAGUUUAAUGGGUAAAGCAAAAGCCACAUACACAAUCAAAGCAAACCAAGGAAUUAAUUCACCCCUUCCCACCGGCAGGCAGGUGUUCAGCCACCUCCAGGAGAUCAAGGCUCCUUCAUGCAUAAAAAUUACUUAGGAAGGAAAAUGUCAUCACUCCAAACUUCCCCCCUUCCUUCCCCCAGCUUUACAUGCUGAGCAUGACAUCAUAUGGCACGGACUAUGCCUUGGGUCAGUUGGGGUCAGCUGUCCUGGCUGUGUCCCCCCAACUUCUUGUGCACCCCCAGCCUACUUGAUGGUGGGGUGGGCUGAGGAGCAGAAAGGUCCUUGACUCUGUGUCAAGGCAGAAGAUGCAAUAGCUGAUAACAUCAGAGAGGUUCUGAAAUUAUGUGACAGAAGAGGCACAAUCUAGAUCAACAAAUGUAUGGCUUCAUAUGUGGAGAUUGCAACUUGCAAAUUUGGUUAUAGAAAUAAAAUAAAAAUACUGAAAGUA